AUGGGUCCCAAGAAGGCUGAUAGCGCCGCUGCCCCCAAGGCUAAGCCCACUCAUGCUUCCUACCAGGACAUGAUCACUGAUGCCAUUGUUUCUCUCAAGGACCGCAAUGGAUCUAGCCGUCAAUCUUUGAAGAAGUACGUUAAGGCCAACAACAAGAUCAACGUCCCCUCAGAUGCCAUGUUCGACUUUCUGUUCAACAAGGCCUUGAAGUCAGGUGUUGAGAAGGGUGUAUUCGAGCAGCCCAAGGGUCCCUCCGGAGGUACCAAGCUCUCCAAAAAGUCCAAGCCUGCCGCCAAGCCUGCUGCAAAGAAGGAGGCUACUAGUGAAAAGAAGCCUGCUGCCAAGAAGGUCGUGGCCCCCAAGAAGGAGGCUGGUGAGAAGAAGGCACCCGCAAAGAAGACCGCUGCUGCUCCUAAGAAGGCUGUCGCACCAAAGAAGACUGCUGCUGCCCCCAAGAAAGCUGCUGCACCAAAGAAGGCUGCUGUCAAGAAGGACGCUCCGGCUGUUGUUGACAAGCCCACCACCCUGACCAAGACCAAGUCUGGCCGAGUCGCCAAGACGACCAAGGCGCCCGCUGCAAAGAAGGCAGCACCCAAGAAGGCAGCGCCAAAGAAGGCUGCCGCGCCAAAGGCCGAGGCAUGA